AUGUUUAUUUGGAUACUAUUCAUUUUAAUGCUUCCUUUAUUGUGGAUAAUCUUAUAUCCAUUAUGUAUUUGUUACUUCUACAAAUUCAAACAUGGAAAGAAGGUUUAUGUGUUAUAUUUUCCCUUAUUGGGUUAAUUUAAAUAUCGAAUCGAUGGUAUAAAAUUUAAUAAAGAUGUAAUUCAUUUUAAAAGAAAUAUUGCUUAUAAUCAUCCAGAAGUAGAAUUGAUUAUAACUCAUAUUUUCAGUAGACCAUACUUUAUUUUUAUAAAGCCUGAAAAAGUGAAAGAAAUGUUAUACAAUUAUACAAAUUAUAAAAAGAGAACAGAUGAGAUAUUUAGAGAUAUUAUAGCAUGUUAAGGAUUAGUAUAUGCAGAAGGUUAAAGAUGGAAAGAUUAAAAACGAGAACUGUCUGAUUUUUUUACUUUUGAAUCUUUAUCUUCAAAGAUAACAGUUAUAAAAAUGCUAAUCUAAGAAAUAUUGUAAUUUAAAGAGAAUGAAAGAGUUAAUAUAAUAAAAUAGUGUGCAAGAAUAGCAUCAAGAACUAUGUAAAUCUGCUUUUUUAAUCAAAUGAAAGAUGAAUAAAUUAAUGGAUAACAUUUGAGUGAAGAAUUUUAAGAUCUUGCAAAAUAUUUCAUAUAUGUAAGUUAUUAUAAAUAUAAUAGACUACUUAUGGUAGUUUAAUUCAUUAGAUGAGAUGUUUUUUUGGAAUAAAAUCUUUAUCUACAAUGAAAAGUUAUUUUAUGACAUCUUCAGAGAAGCAUUUUCUAUAAAGAGUAUAUGGCGUAAGAAAUUAUAUUAAUAAUUUGAUUGAUAAUUAUAAGAAAGGUUAAGAAAAAGAUGUAUUUUCAAUUUUAUUAAGAACUCCUUUGACCUAAGAAGUUAGAGAAAAGAUUAUACAUUAAUAUAUUACAUUUGUAUUUGCUGGAAUGGAUACAACAUCUCAUUAAGCAGGAAUGUCUAUUUAUAUGUUAGGAAAAUAUCCAUCAAUUUAAUAGAAACUUAGAGAAGAAUUAAAUAAGAUUAAUUUUGAUGAAGUUGAUUAGAAGUUAUUAAAUUAACUACCUUUAUUAAAUGCUUUUCUUAAUGAGUGUCUUAGAACUUAGACUCCAGUCGAUGGAAUAAUACCAAGAUUAGCUGUUAAAGAUCAUUAUGUUGGAGAAUAUUUAAUAAAAAAAGAUUGGUAUGUAGAUGCAGGAUUAUAGCCUAUGAUGACUCAUCCAUAGUAUUUUGAGAAUCAUUUAGAUUUUAAUUUAGAAAGAUGGUUGUUGAAUCCACAAGUUUAGGAUGCAUUCUUACCAUUUUCAUCUGGACCGAGAAAUUGUUUAGGAUAACAUUUAGCAAAGAUUGAAAUCAAAUUAAUCCUAAUUUAUGUUUUGAAAACUUAUUAAAUUAUUUUAGAUGAUUAAACUGAUCUUGUUAUGGAAUGUAAUUUUCAUUAUGCUCCUGCAGAUGAUAGAUUAGUCAAAUUCAUUAGAAUAUGA